AUGGCAGAAGUCAUAGACGCGCGUACAGCGUUCACCGAGCGGCCCUCAUCGCCUUCACCCUCACGCAAACGCUCUGCCUCCCCACCUCCCACAGCCACCGAUCCUGAGACGGCCCUCACCACGAGCACACCCGCAGAAGAGACUGCAUCUUCGGAACCUCCCGCAAAGAAGACCAAAUUGAUCCGUCGAAAACGUCGCCCUGCCCGCCCGCAGAUCGAUCCUUCAGCCCUCAAAUCUACAUCUGGACCACCACCACAAACCGGUACCGUCUUCAACAUCUGGUACAAUAAAUGGGCAGGUGGCGAUCGAGAGGAUGCGGCGCUCUCCAAGACCGCCGCUAUUAGCCGUUGCCACAUCAAAGAAGACUCAGGCUGGACGGCGGCAGACAAGACCAGCGGGUCCUUCUUCUGUCUUUUCUUUGCGCGCGGCAUAUGUCCAAAGGGUCACGAGUGCACAUAUCUUCACCGUCUGCCCGGCAUGUUUGACCACUUCAACCCCAACAUCGAUUGCUUUGGGCGGGACAAGCACGCGGACUACCGCGACGACAUGGGUGGUGUAGGCAGUUUCACGCGGCAGAACCGGACCCUCUACGUCGGGCGCAUCCACGUCACAGACGACAUCGAGGAGGUGGUGGCACGGCACUUUGCCGAAUGGGGCGAGAUCGAACGUACACGCGUAUUGACGGGAAGAGGAGUGGCAUUCGUGACGUACUCCAACGAGACCAACGCGCAGUUUGCCAAAGAGGCCAUGGCGCACCAAGCACUCGACAACAACGAGAUCCUCAACGUGCGGUGGGCGACCGUCGAUCCCAACCCGCUGAGUCAAAAGCGGGAGGCGCAGCGCAUUGAAGAGCAGGCUGCCGAGGCCGUGCGGCGAGCACUAGGGGAGAAAGCCGUGCGACAAAUUGAAGGGCGGGAAAGCCGUGAAGAAAGAGAGCAGCGACGCCUAGAGAGCGGCUUCGGCCUGGAUGGCUACGAGGCGCCGGAGGAUAUCUGGUUCAACGCGCAGAAGGCCAGAGAGCUCGAAGGGGAGAGAUUGGGGGAGACUGGUCUACUAGAGGCGCCUCCUGCGCCCAACGCGAUGGACGGGGAGGGAGAGGCCACGAGGCAGGACGCGAGCAGUGGCUUCUUCGGCGCGAGCACGCUGGCAGCGCUGAAGGGGCGGAGUGGCACAGGUACUCCUACGCAGCAGCCCGCCAAACCUGCGGCACCGUCAGGACCUUUGGUAGGAUACGGCAGCGAUGAUGACGACGAUUGA